UCAUUCUGAGCACGUGUGUUUUGUGAAUGAGACCCGGAAGUGAACGUGCCUGUGGGUGUUGAGUCACAGACGGACUUUGUGCUGAAAUGGAUUAAGGACUCACAGUGUUCAUGUGUUAGCUUUAAAGGCUCCUCACACGUUUAGUACAGAAUGCAGCAGCAGCUCAGUGUCCUGCUCCUGCUGUGGGGGUUUGUGUUCACUACAGGACUGCAGCAGUUCGAGUCCCAAACCCCGGACUGGAGGAAGACUUUAAACACCAUCAGGAACGGAAUACACCGGAUUGACACGUAUCUGAACUACGCUCUGGAUCUAAUAGGAGGAUCUGAUGGGCUGUGUCAGUUUAAAUGCAGUGAUGAGUACAAACCCAUCCCCAGACCUCAUUACAAACACUCUCCUCCCAAUGGAUGCGGCUCACCGCUGUUUGGGUUUCAGUUUGAUAUCGGGAUGCCAUCGAUGACGAAAUGCUGUAAUCUGCACGACCGCUGCUAUGAUACAUGUGGAAGAGAGAAACGUGACUGUGAUGAUCAGUUCCAUGUCUGCUUGGAGACAAUAUGUAAGAAUGUACAGACUACUCUGGGACUGGACCAGAGUGUACAAGCAUGUGACUCAGCGGUGACUCUGCUGUUCGAUGCCGUCAUGCACCUGGGCUGUAAACCCUACCUGGACAGCCAGAGAGCUGCUUGUAUCUGUCACUAUGAGGAGAAAGGUGACCUCUGAUCAGCUGCAUUUGGGUUCUGAAAAUCCUGACGCCACCGAGGAACGUCCGCGGGGUCAAAAACUCCGUCCUCGAUAUCUGCAGCACUUUGCAGUGUUUAUUGUUUUCCUGCAUUUUAAAGGAUCUGUGUGUGAUGUUUGAAAGUGUUUCUAAACUUGUAGUAAACAAAUAAGAUACUACUUUGGAAAAACUGCUUCAUAAUAACGCUAUACACUGAAUCUUGGUAGUUUUUAAAUUGACAUUUUUCUGGCCCUGAAAUUAGUCCCAAAAAAAUUACAAUUUCACUUUAAACAGUAGCUUUCAUGGUUUCAAUAGUAUAUGAAUGAAGAGAGUUCGCCAAUGUCGGGUGUUUCGUUGCAGUUGCAGUUCACUUGACAGACAACAGGGGGUGCUAAGACAUACUGCUCAUGUCAUGUGCAGGGUGAAUCAGAUGAUCUAGAGGAAACAGUUGCCCUUCUUCUCUCUAAUUUUGGGCUCUUAGUCCAGUCCCCUUCUCUGAAGGUGUCUAAUUUGUCCUUCGAGGGCUUUCUAACUCGCACUUUAGACUAAAACAAUUCUCGAGUACGGUUCUCAUGAUAAAAUGUGAAAGCUGUCCUGUAGGACAGGAAGUACAGCACGGUACGAACCUGGGGCCACCUGUAGGAGGUCGUUCGAGGUCAUUUGCACUUAUUCUGACGCGCGCUCGCUCAGGACGACAGAAAGAAAAGCUCUGAAUACACAGAAGGACUCACUAAGGAGUCCUGAGAAUGCUGAGAAUCUUUGUGUCAGUUAUGAUGCUGACUGCUUGAUGCACUUCAUUUGUAAAUUAAUAAUGCUGUAGAGGAUUUUUCAUGAUGCUGUCAUGGUGUAGGAAUUAUUUCGACCUAAAAAUAAAAUCCUUUAAAUCCUA